AAAGGAUGGAAGUUUCCUCACUGCAUCCCGGAAUUGUCAUCACGCCGCUUGUUCACGGCCAUUUUUAGUAUAAUCUCCCCGAAUUUCAAAACAUCACAACACAAUCCAGUUUUACUCUACAUAUUUGUGGAAUAUACCGUCGCAGCGAGACGACGAGCAAGCAUGUCUGACUUCAUCGAGAGCGAGGCUGAGGAGUCAGAUGAGGAGUUUGAGGAGAAAGACCUGAAGCCCAAAAAGACUCAGAGGUUUAUGGAGGAUGAUGAUGAUGAAGAGGAAGAAGAGAACACAGAAGACCAGGAUGAGCGAGGGAAUUUAAGGGGGCUCAUUGAUGAUGGAGAUGAGGACGACGAGGAAGAGGAGAAUAAUGAUGCGAGUGGGAGUGGUGGUGGCGGAAGCGACUCUGAGGAUGAGGUCAGACAGCGACACAAAAAGCGCAAUUAUGACGAUUAUCUGGAUGACGAGGAUCUUGAUCUAAUUGAAGAGAACUUGGGUGUUAAAGUGAAAAGAAGGAAGAAGAAAUAUGACCGUGUGAAAACGAUGGAUGACGAUGAGGAUGAUGAUGAGAAGGGCUUAAUCGCUGAUGAAAUCUUUACUGGAGAUGGGGAUGGCGAUGGCGAUCUGGAGGAGGGAGAGACCGUGGACAUGCCUUUCCGAAAUGCAGAUGCUGAUGAAGAGGGAGAGGAUGAGGAGUCAGACAUUGAUGAUUUCAUUGUGGACGAUGAUGGCCAACCCAUCACCAAGAAGAGGGGCAAGAAAUUUUCAGCAUACACAGACGCAGCCCUCCAGGAAGCCCAGGAGAUUUUUGGAGGCGACUUUGAUUUUGCCGACUUUGAUGCUGACGCUUAUGACCAAGGCGAGGAGGAGGAAGAAGACCAGGAUGAAGAGGGCUGGGACCGGCCAAAGAAGCAGACCAAGAGGAGGCUGGGCAGAAAGAGCAUCUUUGAAAUCUAUGAGCCCAGCGAGCUGGAGAGCAGCCACAUGACUGAUCAGGACAACGAGAUCCGCUCCACAGACAUGCCUGAGAGGUUCCAGUUAAGAGCCAUCCCUGUGAAACCUGCUGAGGACGAUGAACUGGAGGAGGAAGCCGAGUGGAUCUUCAGACACGGCUUCUCUACCCUCACUAUCUCCAUGCAGGAGAGCACAGAUUACCUUGACAGAGGAACGACCACAAACUUCAGCAGGAAAGGCCCAAGCACAAUUGCCAAGAUCAAGGAGGCCCUCAACUUCAUGAGGAAUCAGCAGUUUGAGGUUCCAUUCAUAGCUUUCUACAGGAAAGAGUAUGUGGAGCCAGAGCUAAACAUCAAUGACCUGUGGAAGGUGUGGCAGUGGGAUGAGAAGUGGACACAGCUGAAGACCCGGAAGCAGAAUCUGACCCGUCUGUUUCGGAAGAUGCAGUCCUUCCAGUUUGAGCAGAUCUCUGCUGACCCUGACAAACCUUUGGCUGACGGCAUCCGUCCUCUGGACACUGCUGACAUGGAGAGACUGAAAGAUGUCCAGACCCUUGAUGAGCUGAGUGAUGUGUACAACCACUUUCUGCUUUACUAUGGCCGAGACAUCCCCAAGAUGCAGAAUGCUGCAAAAGCCAACAAAAAGAGGCUGAAGAAGAUCAGGGAGGUGUCUGAGGAUGGAGAGGAGGAGUUGGAGGUAGAGGAAGAAGAAGAAAACAAAGGCCCUGACCUGAAGCUGGCCUCUCGCAGGGACAUGUACAGCAUCUGUCAGAGCGUUGGCCUCGAUGGCUUGGCUAAAAAGUUUGGAUUAACUCCAGAGCAGUUUGGAGAAAAUCUGAGAGACAGCUACCAGCGUCACGAGACAGAGCAGUUCCCUGCUGAACCAGUGGAGUUGGCCAAAGAUUAUGUUUGCAGUCAGUUCACAACUCCUGAGGCUGUCCUUGAAGGCACCAGGUACAUGGUUGCCAUGCAGAUUGCCCGUGAACCUCUGGUCAGACACGUGCUCAGACAGACCUUCCAGGAGAGGGCCAAGGUCAACAUAAAGCCUACCAAGAAAGGCAAAAAGGAGGUAGAUGAGGCUCACUUUGCCUACUCAUUCAAGUAUCUUAAGAACAAGCCUGUGAAAGAGCUGAGUGGGGAUCAGUUCCUGAAGAUGUGCCUCGCGGAGGAUGAGGGGCUGCUCACCAUUGACAUCUGUAUUGACCUCAUUGGGGUCAAAGGGUAUGCCGGAGACCAGACAUACUUUGAUGAGAUCAAGCAGUUCUACUACAGGGACGAGUUCAGUCACCAGGUGCAGGAGUGGAACAGGCAGCGGACCUUAGCCAUAGAGAGAGCGCUCAGCCAGUUCCUCUACCCUCAGAUGGCCAAAGAGCUCAAGAGCAAACUCAUCGCUGAGGCCAAGGAGAACAUUGUCAGGUCUUGCUGUCGCCGGUUGUACAACUGGCUGAAGGUGGCUCCUUACAGACCAGAUCAGCAGGUGGAGGAGGACGAUGAUCUGAUGGAUGAGAGUCAGGGCAAAGGCAUCCGGGUGCUCGGAGUUGCUUAUGCACCCAGCAGAGAUACUCCAGUAUUCUGCGCUCUGAUCAACGGAGAGGGAGAGGUGGUCGACUUCCUGCGUCUGCCCUAUUUCAUGAAGAGGAGGAACGCCUUCAGGGAGGAUGAGAGAGAAAAGAAGGCCAACGACAUUGAAAACCUCAAGAAGUUUCUGAUCAGCAAGAAACCUCAUGUGGUGGCUGUCGCUGGGGAGAAUAGAGACGCCCAUAUGAUAAUGGAGGACAUCAAGAGGACUAUCAGUGAGCUGGAGCAAGAGUCGUCUCUGCCCGCUGUGGGAGUGGAGCUUGUUGACAAUGAGUUAGCUACGCUCUACAUGAACAGCAAGAAGUCUGAAGCUGAUUUCAGGGAUUACCCUCCCCUGCUGCGACAGGCUGUGUCGAUAGCCAGGAAGAUCCAGGAUCCUCUUGUGGAAUAUGCUCAGGUCUGCAGCAGCGAUGAGGACAUCCUCUGCCUCAAACUACACCCACAUCAGGAACACGUGGUCAAGGAGGAUCUGCUGAGUGCUCUGUACUGUGAAUUCAUCAACCGGGUCAACGAGGUGGGAGUGGACGUAAACCGAGCCAUCGCCCAUCCUUACACUCAGAGCCUGGUCCAGUAUGUCUGUGGCCUGGGGCCGAGGAAGGGCUCCCACCUGCUGAAGAUCCUUAAACAGAACAACACCCGUCUAGAAAACAGAACCCAGCUGGUCACCAUGUGCCACAUGGGACCCAAAGUCUUCAUCAACUGUGCUGGUUUCAUCAAAAUCGAUACCGCCUCACUCGGGGACAGCACCGACUCCUACAUCGAGGUUCUGGACGGGUCUCGAGUCCACCCGGAGACGUAUGAGUGGGCUCGUAAGAUGGCUGUGGACGCCCUGGAGUACGAUGAGUCAGCGGAGGACGCCAACCCAGCCGGCGCUCUCGAGGAGAUCCUGGAAAACCCGGAGCGUCUUAAAGAUCUGGACCUGGACGCCUUCGCUGAAGAGCUGGAGAGACAGGGUUACGGAAACAAGGGAAUCACUCUUUAUGAUAUCCGUGCAGAGCUGAGCUGCAGGUACAAAGACCUGAGAGUUCCCUACAGACUCCCCAACACCGAGGAGGUGUUCAACCUGCUCACUAAGGAGACUCCAGAGACCUUCUACAUAGGUAAGCUGAUCACCAGCGUAGUAACCGGUAUCGCUCACCGGCGGCCUCAGGGAGAGAGCUACGACCAGGCCAUUCGUAAUGACGCCACAGGGCUGUGGCAGUGCCCGUUCUGCCAGCAGGACAACUUCCCCGAGCUCAGCGAGGUGUGGAACCAUUUUGACAGCGGCUCGUGUCCAGGUCAGGCCAUUGGGGUGCGAACCAGAUUAGAUAAUGGCGUUCAGGGAUUCAUUCCCACCAAGUUUCUCAGCGACAAGGUGGUCAAACACCCAGAAGAGAGGGUCAAGGUGGGCAUGACAGUACACUGCCGCAUCAUGAAGAUUGACAUUGAGAAAUUCAGCGUCGACCUCACGUGCCGCACCUCGGACUUAAUGGACAAAGCCAACGAGUGGAAGCUCCCCAAGGACAGCUAUUACGACUUCGACACAGAGACAGAGGACCAAAAACACGAGGAGGAGCUCAAGAAGAAGCAGCACCGAACACCAUAUAUAAAGCGUGUGAUCGCCCAUCCCAACUUCCACAAUAUCAGUUUCAACCAGGCAGAGAAGAUGAUGGAGUCCCUGGACCAGGGAGACCUGAUCAUCAGACCCAGCAGCAAGGGAGAGAACCACCUCACUGUCACCUGGAAAGUGGCUGACGGAAUUUACCAACAUGUGGACGUUAGAGAAGAGGGCAAAGAGAAUGCCUUCAGCUUGGGACACACCCUCUGGAUCAAUAACGAAGAGUUCGAAGAUCUGGAUGAGAUCACGGCUCGCUACAUUCAGCCGAUGGCGGCGUUUGCCCGGGAUCUGCUCGGGCACAAGUACUUCCAGGAUUGCAAUGGAGGAGAGAGGGAGAAAAUGGAGGAGUUGUUGAUCAAGACAAAGAGGGAGAAACCUACUUUCAUUCCUUACUUCAUUUCAGCCUGCAAAGCUCUGCCAGGGAAGUUUAUUCUGGGCUACCAGCCUCGCGGAAAACCACGGAUUGAGUACGUGACCAUCACCCCAGACGGCUUCCGAUAUCGUUCUCAGAUGUUUCCCUCAGUGAACGGGCUGUUCCGUUGGUUCAAGGACCAUUACCAGGAGCCCGUGCCAGGUGUAACACCCUCCAACAGCAGCCGAACAAGGACGCCUGCAUCUUUGAACGCCACCCCAGCUAACAUCAACAUUGCAGACCUGACGCGAGCCGUCAAUGCUCUGCCACGCAACAUGACGUCUCAGAUGUUCAGUGCCAUCGCUGCGGUCACGGGACAGGGCCAGAACCCAAACACCACACCAGCACAGUGGGGCUCCAGCCAGUACGGCUACGGUGGCAGCACAGGGGGAGGGGGCGGGAGCUCAUCCGCCUAUCAUGUAUUUGCCACACCCCAGCAGCCCAUGGCGACACCCAUGAUGACGCCCAGCUACUCGUACACAACACCGAGCCAGCAGGCCCUGGGCACGCCGCAGUACCCCGGCUCCACCCCGCAGUCCUCACACUCCCAUGGACACGCACACGGCGGACACUCAUCACACCAUGGCCAUCACAGCGGUCACCACGGUCAUUCAUCUGGCACACCGUCAUCCUCCACGUCAUCCAGAGGACGCACACCACAGCAGCAGCCAAAGUCCAGCAGCAGCUCUGCGGUGGACUGGGGAAAGAUGGCCGAGCAGUGGCUGAAGGAGAAAGAAGCGGAGGGCCGGAAAAAGACUCCGAGGAUGACGCCGCGACCGUCGCCCAGCCCCAUGAUCGAGAGCACACCCAUGUCCAUCGCCGGAGACGCCACGCCCCUGCUGGAUGAAAUGGAUCGAUAG